CCGUGAAAGAUUAAUACAGUCAAAGGUCAAAGUUCUAUUUUAAUUAAGAUCAUGUACGCGAUAGUAUUUUGGGAGGAUUCGACGUUUACCGUCAUAUCUUUAACAAACAUUGUUUCACCGCGGAAAGAAAUCCACGAAUAUGCCGUAGGAGAGGCUGUGAAAGCAAAGUUUGGAGGAAAGCUGUACAGCGCUCACAUUUAUGAGUUAUCAGGACUACAAAUUGAUGUGCCUGUUGAGCCUCUGAAGACUGCUGAUGUAGGCCAGCCUGUUGAGCCUUUGAAGACUGCUGCUGUAGGCCAGCCUGUUGAGCAUUUGAAGAAUGCUGCUGUAGGUGAGCCAACAAAAAAACGUCCAAAGUCUUCAUGUGACUCGCCUAAGAACAACAGCAAGCAGACCAAAAAGCAAAAAAAGGCAAUAGAAGAAACAGUGGUCUCUGCAGCUCCUCUUUCUGAGGCCAUCUCAAAUCCAACACAAAACCCACUUGUUGAGCAAGCCAUGCUCAUAUUGCAGAAAAGGAGAGCACAAACCCAGUCACCCCAUCCAAUUGCUGCGCUUUCAACAAGCUGUUCGCCAACAAUCCAGACGCCUGCCAUGCAUGAGAGCCAGACGUACCAUGUGCUCCAGAAUCAGAACCAGACGCCUUUCCCAGUGAUUUCAUCUCCGCUGCCAAGCUGGUCUACUAGCUAUCAUGAAUACAGUGACCCCUCUCCACAGCAGUGGCAGUAUGAUGAACCAGUUAUCAACCAGCACGUCAGUGGAUCCUACCUGUCGAUGCUGAACAGCUCUUUCGAGACAGAGCAGACUGAAACUAGAUGCCAGGACUCCACUGUUGAAAGAUUGGAAAGACGCAUUGCUGAACUAGAAUCACAGGUGAAAGAUCUGCAGCAGGAGAGGCACACGACUUCGGUAACACCACCCAGAAUGCCCCAGAUUCCAAAAAGCUUGCAAAACUUCAGCAAUGUAAGAAAGUUUUGUUAUUAA